GAGCCGAGCCGAGCCGAGCCGCGAGGUGCCGGGGAGAGGCAGGCAGAGCCUGCCGGUGGCUCCGCACCCAUCGUGCUGCGUUUCCCGGCUCGCUGUCUCCCUGCCUUUGCCCAGGCGCCCGCAAAACUUUUAUUGUCUCGGGCUCCCCCGGGGUGUGUGACGAAAUCGCAGCGCUCCGCUGUCGCCACGCUCGCCGGCACCGGCGAUCGAGGGGACGUGCAACGCUCGCCCGCCGCCGGGCUCUUGCGCCCUGCGCUUCCUCACCUGCCGAUUGCUCCCGGGAAUCGCGAGGGGGUACCCCCAAAAGGACCGCGCGGGCGUCGGCUCCCCGAAAUCCUGUUCACCGUUGCGGACCGGCUCGGCGCAACUUUAACUUGAUUGCUGUCGCCCACCCAGGGCACCCGCGGCGGCCGCCGCCGCCGCCGUCGCUGCGGUCUCACAAAGAGCGCGGGGAAGGAAGGCGGCGCGGGCGGCGGGCACGGGCCUCGGGGCUGCCUAGACAAAAGGGAAACUGCCAUCGCUCUGGGCGCCUGUUCUGACCCGUCGUGGGUUCAUCCUCCCGGCCCGGGCUGCUUCUUCGCCUCAGUCCCUGCGGGCUGUGCCCGCAGAGCUCGGACCCCGCGAGCUGCGGGGCGCGCGUCGCUGCUGCUGGUUGGGGCUCUAGGGAUAAUAAAUGAUAGAGGAUACAAUGACUUUGCUGUCUCUGCUGGGUCGCAUCAUGCGUUACUUCUUGCUGAGACCCGAGACGCUUUUUCUGCUGUGCAUCAGCUUGGCUCUGUGGAGUUACUUCUUCCACACCGACGAAGUGAAGACCAUCGUCAAGUCCAGCCGGGACGCGGUGAAGAUGGUGAAGGGCAAGGUGGCCGAGAUUAUGCAGAACGAUCGCCUUGGAGGACUUGAUGUGCUAGAGGCCGAGUUUUCCAAGACCUGGGAGUUCAAGAGCCAUAAUGUGGCGGUGUACUCCAUCCAGGGCCGGAGAGACCAUAUGGAAGAUCGCUUCGAAGUUCUCACCGAUUUGGCCAACAAGACGCACCCGUCCAUCUUCGGGAUCUUCGAUGGGCACGGCGGCGAGACUGCAGCCGAAUACGUAAAAUCAAGGCUCCCAGAGGCGCUGAAGCAGCAUCUUCAGGAUUAUGAGAAAGACAAAGAAAACAGUGUUCUGUCUUACCAAAGCAUUCUGGAGCAGCAGAUCCUGUCCAUAGACCGAGAAAUGCUGGAAAAGUUGACGGUAUCCUAUGACGAAGCAGGCACAACGUGUUUGAUUGCUCUACUGUCGGAUAAAGACCUCACCGUGGCCAAUGUUGGUGAUUCUCGAGGAGUCUUGUGCGACAAGGAUGGGAACGCCAUUCCCUUGUCACAUGACCACAAGCCUUACCAGCUGAAGGAGAGGAAGAGGAUAAAGAGAGCUGGUGGAUUCAUCAGUUUCAAUGGCUCCUGGAGGGUCCAGGGAAUCCUAGCCAUGUCUCGAUCCCUGGGAGAUUAUCCGCUGAAAAAUCUCAACGUGGUCAUCCCAGACCCAGAUAUCCUGACCUUCGACCUGGACAAGCUGCAGCCCGAGUUCAUGAUCUUGGCAUCAGACGGUCUGUGGGAUGCUUUCAGCAACGAGGAGGCAGUCCGAUUCAUCAAGGAGCGCUUGGAUGAACCGCACUUCGGAGCCAAGAGCAUCGUCCUGCAGUCCUUCUACAGAGGCUGCCCCGACAACAUCACAGUCAUGGUGGUGAAGUUCAGGAAUAGUAGCAAAACGGAAGAGCAGUGAGCCCCAUAGGCUCUCAGCUACCCUAGACCAGAGGACUCUCGACAUACUGUUCUCUUAAUGUAGGAAAAGGUGUGGGAUUUAUAAUUAGGAUCAUGUGUCCCAACAAAGAGCCCCUUCCCUGGCAACCUGGAAUCCCUACCAGGUGGUGAGCAGGGAGUUCCCUGGCUGACACUGUGGAGGGGCUGGAGUCUGUGUCCCCCCAGCCCUUCUCGCCAGUGUUUGAAAUGCAUCUAUAAGUAGCCAUCGACCCCCAGAUAUGAGGCAAAAGGAAGGUAGGCCAUGUAUUCCCUUUAAUGUGCUUUUCAUGAUCUUUUCCGUGGUCCUUCAGCUUCCUGGGUGUCCUCUCAGCACCCGUGGACAGGGCAGGCCUGUAGCUGCAGGCACCAUGCCAGGGCAUCUCCUGACGAUGUGGUGGUGGUACCCUCCGCCUAGCAGAAACACUUUCCCCUUCUGAGCUUGUGAUUUCAGUACUCCAGCAGCCUGUGGAGGAGACUCACAACACUUUAUUAUUUGUUGCCUGCUCUUGGAGACUGAGGAACGCAGAGAGGAUGGGGGGUCGGUGGCAGCUUCCUGCACCCCAGACAGCACCCCUUCCCCACCCCUUCCUUCAUUAGUGUAGGAGACUCCGGAUACAGUUAACCAGCCCUGUGCCUCACCCAUGGAGCACAGCUUUCCCAUUUGCCCACACCUCAGUGCGUGAAGGACAGCCGCUGACUUCACCAAGAACCCACAGAAAGGAAUGAAACAGGGUGACGAGCACGUGACAGCACAGGGUGACCGUCCAUCCCCAGUGAGGAAUAAGGCUGGGAUCAGUCUCAAUGCCCCCCGUGGAGAUGCACUAUCCACAUAGGAGAGGCAGGCAUGAGCCCUGGGAAUCUCCACUCCACCCUCACCAGCUUCUGCUUUUCCGCACAGCCUUCCCGAGCCCAUCCUGGUGGCUUUCAUGUCUUUCCAACAGUGUUGGGAGAAACAGCAGCCUAGAAUCGCCCAAGUGCUGUUCCCAGCCACCCCAAAUUGGUAUUUGGUGGCAAACCGCUGAGACAUGCUUUUGGGCAAGAGAAAGGCCUUUCAUCUUUCGCUGCAAAUCUCUGUCCAUACCCUGUAGCGUUCCCCAGGCAAACACCAACGGACUGCGAUAGCCUGGAGGGAAAAUAGCAGACCGGCUCCUGGGGGCCCUGUGUGCGCUGGCAGCAGAGCUGGCUGGGAAUGCAAGCAAGAGCCCCAAGAGAUGUGCAGCACAGUUAUCUGGGGGCCUGGGUUGCUGCUCUGCCCUUCCUAACACCAAAGCUGCGGGGUUUUCCCCGGUCUCUGUGCUUUAUAAGUUUGACAGAACACAGUAGGCUGUCCUUCUUGACUGAAUGAACCAGCCCCAAACAACCACGAUUUUCACUGUAGACCCACGCCCGGAGCCCACCUGGUUUUCUUUCUCAGGGUGGGUGUUGUCAGCGUGGCCUCUCAAGGCCCACCCAUUAGCCAUCCCUGCCCCGCUGCCCAGCCCUGUCCUUCAGCUGCAGAGCUUGCCCAAAGCCCAGAGGACAAAGGGUACCUUGGACUCCGGGACUGCAGACUGUCUCGACUCCUCCAGGAACUUGCUUUUCAUUGACUGCAUUGAGAAUUAAUUAUGGUUUCCCAGGGAAUUUGCUUACUUUUGUAUCCUGUGUUUUCAACAUUUGAAUUAGGGUCUUAGUUACUGCUUUUCAGAAUGUUUUAGUGCAAAGUACAUUCUCUCAUGUUCCAUGAGUGCACUGGCCUGUGGCGACACAGACACAUGGAUGUAUAUUCUGGGUCAAGGGUAACAGAGGAAACAGAUGUGGGUUCAAGUGAUGGAGAUACGCUUCUUGAUUUAGGAUGCUCUAGAGUCCCCACACGCCUCUUCUAAAACUCCAGAUUUGACAGUCCAUUGGGCAACUUCUUCUUUUGAUUUUGUAUUUGCUUAACACAAAAGUGUAUAAAACAAGAGGAAAAAUAAUUUGAGAAACAUUUAUUGUAAAGAAAAAAUGAAAUAAGGUUUUGGUGAAGAAGAAAAAAGGGAAGAUACCAAAUUAGCCCACUGGUAUUCCUUGAGCACGCGGGCGGUGCUGCCUGCACUAGUUAUAAAACCUUCUACUUGAGGCUAUGGACAGCUUGUGAAUUUUGCUCUGAAGACAUAACUUAUUUCUAACUGCAACCAAAUAGAGUAUAUAUAUAUAUAUAUAUGAUAUGUAUAUAUCAUAUAUAUAAAUAUAAAUUUCCUAUUCCUUUCUUGCCUCUUCCCCUCCCCCAUGGCUUGUAGACGUUUUUAAAGAUAGAAAUGCUAAGCAGGAUGGUAGCGGUUUGAUGAAUAGUUACACAUCAACCAGAGUACCCUUGCCCUUCCCCGUGUCCUCCUGGAAUGCUCCUUCUGACCUGGGUCCAGCUGUGGGGAGUCUGCAGUUGGUUGUGGCUGGGCACACUGGCCACCCCCGUCCUCCAGCGGCUCUGGCAGGGUGGAUCUAGCUGCAGGAGAAAUGGAUCUGAGGGAGAACGUGUGAGGCUUCCAUCAACAGCACUGCCAAAGCUUGGGGAUCAUCCCCCAAGGCUGCCCGGACUCCCUGCCCAGCCUGAGUUCGAAUUGCCAAUCGUCCCCACGGUGCCAAAUCUCGGGAGGGUUUUACAGUGUUUCAGAAAUACAGCUGAUGCUGGUCCCAGGCCCCGCUAACCACUCCGCUGCUGCUUUCCUGGCAAUUUGUGCUCUUCAGG